AUGGCGCUUCGCGCGCGUCUCCCGCGCGCGCGCGCGUCGACGACGACGCGCGCGCGUCCGCGACGCGGGUCCACGGUCGCGCCCGUCGAUCGCGCGCGCGCGCGCGCGCGGGCGAGCGAGGACGAGGACGGGGGCGCGCCGUCGUCGACGUCGACGGGUGACCCGUUCGGGUUCGGUGACGCGCGAAACCAAGGGCCGACGCCCAUCGUCCCGGGGUUCGACACCGCGGAGGGUGGGAAGGUUGGGCCCGUGGGCACGGCGGUGAUUUCGUUGGUGUUGUUCGUCCUGUUCGGUGGGUCGUUUUUUUUCACGAGCGUCCCGAGGGGGGCGGUGGAGGAGAUGGCGCGCGCGGCGCUCGCGGACGACCCGAACGCGCCGACGAACGUCGUGUCGAGGGUGUGA